ACCGAAAUCGCACGCGAGUAACCAAGCCCCGGUCGUUCAGAGAGAUGGCAGUUUCCAGCAACUCUAGUCUUUCUGGUUCCUCCGUCUCAUCCGAUCCUGAGGACUAUCAGCCACCAAUAUGGAAAUCUUACUUAUACCAGUUGCAACAGGAAGCACCACGACCCAAGAGGAUCACCUGUUCACAAGAGGUGGAGAGCAGGCCAAAAUACUACGGCCGAGAGUUCCAUGGUCUGAUAACCAGAGAAAGAGCUGAUGAACUACUCGGGGGAGCAGAGGGAGCGUAUCUCAUCAGAGAAAGUCAGAGACAAACAGGGACUUACACACUUGCUCUCAGGUUUGGGAAACAGACGCUGAAUUACAGGUUGUUUUAUGAUGGUAAACACUUCGUGGGAGAGAAGCGUUUUGAGUCUGUUCACGACCUCGUGACCGACGGCCUGAUAACACUGUACAUCGAGACUAAAGCUUCGGAAUACAUUGCCCAAAUGACCACAAACCCCAUCUACCAACACGUGGGCUACACCGCCCUCCUCAGAGACAAGAUAACCCAUCGCCUGGGACGCCAGCACCCACAAACCAAGAAGGUCACUUUCCAGCAGGAACAUCAGAUCUCACCCCCCCCUCCAACACGCAUCAGAGACGCAGCAGACAAACGCUGCAGCUAUGAGAAAGGACACAGCUUUAAGGUCCACACAUUUCGGGGCCCUCACUGGUGUGAAUACUGCGCCAACUUCAUGUGGGGUCUGAUCGCACAAGGCGUUCGCUGCUCAGACUGCGGUUUGAACGUGCAUAAGCAGUGCUCCUCCCUGGUGCCCAGUGACUGCCAGCCGGACCUGCGGCGCAUAAAGAAAGUCUUCAGCUGUGACCUCACCACUCUGGUCAAAGCCCACAACACUCAGAGGCCCAUGGUCCUGGACAUGUGUAUCAGAGAGAUCGAACACAGAGGGCUGAAAUCAGAGGGCAUUUACAGAGUCUCUGGCUUUUCUGAACACAUCGAGGACGUCAAACUGGCUUUUGAUCGUGAUGGAGAGAAAGCUGACAUCAGUGUGAGCGCUUACUCUGACAUCAACAUCAUCGCUGGAGCUCUGAAGCUUUACCUGAGAGACCUGCCCAUACCUGUCAUCACAUACGACAUCUACCCCACCUUUAUACAGGCAGCAAAAAUACUGGAGCCUGAAUCCAGACUGGAGGCGAUCCACGAGUGUCUGCUCCAGCUGCCGCCUGCGCACUACGAAACCCUCCGCUACCUGAUGGCUCACCUGAAAAGGGUCACCAUGUUUGAGAAGGACAAUCUGAUGAACGCGGAGAACUUGGGGAUCGUUUUCGGGCCGACGCUGAUGCACCCGCCGGAUCAGAACACUCUGGCCACUCUGAACGACAUGCGGCAUCAGAAACUCAUCGUCCAGCUUCUGAUUGAGCACGAGGACAUUUUGUUUUGA